UAUACUAGUGCAUACGCUAAACUAUACCCAAAAGCGUCUCAGAUCGUCGUUCAGUGCAAUCCCGACUUGCUCUGGACUACAAGCCGUGCUAGGUCACGGAAGCUCAAGCCUGUCAUCGAUGUCUUAGAAGCACUGCAUUGCUUACCAUCUUCCUCUCCUGCCCAACGGCCUGCGCGGAUACUUACACAUGUGUUUUCUAAUGGGGGUUCUCUGCAAAUGACACUUCUUGGACAUAUGCUGCAGCGGAAAUACGGUUCCACACCAGUUCUAGGGACAUCUGCGAGCGCGAUGAUCCUUGACUCGUGUCCAGCAGCGGGCGACCUAAAAUCAAUCAAACUCGCUGUUAGAACUGUCAUCCGGAAUCCAAUUGCCAGACGUAUCAUACUCGCAAUCGUACACGCGAUAUACUCUGUCCGCUUUGGACUCUCUUUGCUGUUCGGUAAGCAAAUGAUUAUGCUAGAAAACCUCCAAAUCGAAAUGUGGAAUUCUCGCAUCCUGCCAUGGAUAGGCCUCCACACACCUCGCCUCUACCUUUUUUCGCGUAAAGAUAAAUUGGUCUUGUGGCAAGAGGUCACACGACAUGCCGAGACUGCGAAGGAGCGCGGAAUGGAUGUGCUUUGCGAGCUGUUUGAAGAGAGCGCACACGUAGCACACGUCCAGGCCGAGCCAGAGAGGUAUUGGUCCUCAGUGCAGAAUGUUUGGACUGUCGCAACCAAGGAGAAAAAUGAGCAUUAG